CACGCCGCCACCGCCACCGCCACCUCGCCGUCACGCGCUCCGCGGCGCGGGCCCGCUCCCUCUCCUCGCGCGCUCACCGUGCGAGCGCGGUGUAGGUGGGCGGCUUCGGCGGUGAACACCGAGCUGCCACAAUGAGGAGGGCAUAUCAACGCAUCCAGGAGGUGGACUGGGCGGGGGUCCGGCGAGAUGGCCACAACAUCUUCACCAAGCUAAUACGCACCCGAGAUCCUCGGGACACGGAGACCACGGAUGAAAUAACCGUACCGGGGGGCAAGCAGCGUCUAUCACGAUGCCUGACGACGAUGGACCUGACUUCCCUGGGCGUGGGAUCCUGUGUGGGCACCGGGAUGUACCUGGUCGCCGGGAUGGUAGCCAGGAAGUUCGCGGGCCCAGGCGUGGUCAUCAGCUUCAUCAUAGCGGCAGUAGCUAGCAUCUUCUCAGGGGCCUGCUAUGCCGAAUUCGGAGUGCGGGUACCGAAUACCACCGGGUCGGCCUACAUGUAUUCAUACGUGACCGUCGGAGAGUUCAUCGCUUUCAUCAUCGGAUGGAACAUGGUCCUAGAAUAUUUGAUUGGAACCAGCGCCUGCGCCCGCGCACUCAGCGCCUGCUUCGACUCCCUUUGUGACGGCGCCAUAGGAAACACACUCGCCUCGUUCUUUGGAACCAUAUACGGCAAGCCCCCUGACAUCCUCGCGUUUGUUAUCUGUCUGCUGAUGAUGCUGGUGCUGGUGGCCGGCGUGAAGAAGUCCCUUUUCUUCAACAACAUCCUCAACGCCAUCAACCUGAGCAUCUGGGUGUUCAUCAUGACAGCUGGAUUGUUCUACGUGGACUUGGACAACUGGACCGAGCAUAAAGGCUUCUUGCCAUACGGAUGGAGCGGGGUAUUCAGCGGUGCCGCGACGUGUUUCUACGCGUUUAUAGGGUUCGAUAUAAUCGCUACAACCGGUGAAGAAGCCAACAACCCUAAGAGAUCCAUUCCCCUGGCCAUCGUGCUCAGUCUGGGGAUCAUUCUCCUGGCCUACGUCAGCAGUUCCAUGAUGCUUACGCUUAUUGUGCCGUACGACGAAGUGGACACGGACUCCGCGCUGGUGCAGAUGUUCGCGUAUGUGCAGGCGCCGAUCUGCAAGUACAUCGUGGCUAUCGGCGCGCUGGCCGGCCUUACCGUCUCCAUGUUUGGAUCUAUGUUCCCCAUGCCAAGGAUCAUCUACGCCAUGGCCCUUGAUGGACUGAUCUUCAGGCAACUGGCAGGAGUGUCGGAGUCGUCGGGCACGCCUGCGCUUGCGACGAUCGUGGGCGGCGCGGCGGCGGCUGUGGUCGCGCUGCUCAUCCAGCUCGAGGUCCUCGUUGAGAUGAUGAGCAUCGGUACCCUGCUGGCGUACACGCUGGUAUCGACUUGUGUGUUGGUGCUUCGGUACCAGCCACACUCCACUAACCUGAUAGAACUGCUGCCGCAGAGCCUGCGCACCCCCGUCGAGCCCGAGGGAACUGCCACUGGACAGAGGGAGACCACAUUCACGGGCACGACCCACAUGAUGCCGCCCAACCAACGUGUAAUGGUCCGCCGAGUGACACGAAGCUCCCCCGACUCCGACGACACCCUGCCUGGUGAUGAAAGCGAGGAGUACGGCAGAGAUGACACAUUCCUCGUCAACUCUAAUACUGAGAACAAGUUUUACGGUGCAGUCCCCGGCGGGACCGGCGGCAGCAGCUCGCGAUGCAGCCGGUUCCUGGACGCCGUCGGCCGCAAGCUGCAGGCGCUGUCAUACCUGUUCCCUGGGCUCUUCCCCUGGGUCGACUGCGGACCCGCUACCGAUAUGUCCGGAAUGUUCGUGAUCAAGGCCGUGGGAGUGAUGUACCUGCUGAUCGUGGUCUUCGACAUGUGCGCGGCGUACUGCAACCCUGGCGACAACACCUUCACCAGCAUUCUGAUGGUGUUCCUGCUUCUUGGAAUCAUCGUCAUCCUGCUGCUUAUCUCCAGGAAGCCGCAAAACCGUGUGGCGCUGAUCUACACGACUCCAGGGCUGCCCUUCGUACCAGCCACGGCUAUCAUCGUCAACAUCUACCUGAUCCUCAACCUUUCGAUCCUCACACUCGUGCGCUUCACCGUAUGGAUGGCACUCGGUAUGAUCAUGUACUUCAAAUACGGAAUCCGGAACUCGACCCUGGAGACAAACCCGCCUGCCCCCCGAGCCGAGACGCCCCCUCCCCCCAACCCGCUGGACCGCACCACUAUCCCACCACCAUCACCACGGAGCUCCCGGCCAGUUGGUGACCGCAACAUCUUCGAAGGCGACGGCAAUAACGGACUCUACGGCAACCAUGACUUCUCGGACCCCCUCCUGGCCUGGCACGUGGCAGACCUGGAGCCGGUGCAGUCCACCAGCCGCAACGUCGCCUCCGGUCCUGGUUACAAGCAGGUGGAAUCCCGGUAUAAUGAGAAGACCAACAGCACCACUUCCCACGCCCAGUCCAGUCGGCCUCCGUGGGCCUACCCCGACCCGAAGUAUGACGCCUGGGACGACUAAGCCAGUCGCCGCUAUCGACUGAACGCUUCAUUAUUUAAACAAAUUUAACUCCGUGUUUGUAUUUGAUGUAUUUAUAUAAUACGAUAGGUUAUUAAGAAGGCACCGCGAAAGUACAGUAAAGUAGAUACUCAAAUAAUCGACUCUCUUAGAAGACGUUAUUUGUAAUAAAUUUAUUUACUUACAACUUUAUUUCCAAUAAGUUAAUACUAUUAAGUCGUUGUUGUAGCUGUUCUUAUUACUUAUGGGAAACCUGUAUGUAAUGUAUUCGAAAAAUCGAAAAUUGUAUGUGUAUUUUCAUAAAGUUUGUUUGUUAAAAAUGCUAAAUAUUUUUGCUCGAAAAUACUACUAAAAUAGAUAACGAUUUUAUUGUGCUUAAGGUUAGACAAUCCUUCGUGUCCCCGUAGGUAUUAUAUCUGAUUUAUCUCUGACUUAAAGUCGUGUAUAGUCAACACAAAUAGAAAAGUAUUUUACCAACGUAUUUGAACGGAAGAUAUCAUGUUACGAGAAUUGUUAACAAAAUGAAGUAAGUAGUAAUAUUUCUAAUUAAUCUUUGACUAUUAUUAUACAAACUACUACUUACGUAGGUAGGUAUUAUAAACACGACUAUGUAACUUUGGAUAAGGGUCGGUGCUUAUGUACUUCGGUCAAAAAUUGCACAAACAAGCUUCCGUGUAUUUUUUUUACAAUCUUAUAAAAGUUUAAAACCUACCCAAACA